AUGCCGCUUUGCAUUUUGGCAGGUGUGCCGGGUGGCGAUAUCCGACGUUCCGUUGUUGGAUCGCGUGUGUUGGGAAAGUGGUGGGCGGGAGAAAGGGGUGAGGGGAGCACGUGGAUGUGGGAGGUGUUGGUUGGUAAGUGCCCCGAUACCGCUCAGGCAGCACGAGCUGGAGAUAGGAUAGAGGAACGGAACAAGCUUAUUUAUGAAGCUGUGUACGAAGCUAAUGCUUAA